CUCGCUCAGUGCUCGCCAUGUCUCCGGCCGUGCCUGUCAUUGGAAGCGGCUGCCGUGUGGCCCUGGCUGUGGGCAGGAGGCUGACUGGCAGCCCGGGGACGGCUCUCGGCAUGGCUCCCUGCGUGCGCUGGGCUCAGCCCUCGGCCCCUUACUCCGGACCGGCGGACGGCGACAUGAAGCGCUAUCUGAGUGCGCACUACGCGGAGGCGAAGAGGAGCAUAAACGAACUCAUCCCAUCGAUUUCAAGCAGUUUACUGAAUCCAAAUGCCAUUUUUGCCAACAACGAGAUGAGUCUUGCUGAUAUUGAAAUCUACGGAUUUGACUAUGAUUAUACACUGGCUUUCUAUUCGAAAGAUCUCCACACUUUAAUCUUCAAUACCGCCAGAGAUCUUCUCAUUAAUGAGCACCGGUAUCCAGAGCAGUUACGGGAGUAUGAAUAUGACCCAGCCUUUGCAAUCAGAGGACUUCAUUAUGAUGUUCAUAGAGCAUUGUUAAUGAAGAUUGAUGCAUUUCAUUACAUUCAACUUGGAACAGUGUACAGAGGUCUCAGUGUUGUACCAGACUCCGAAGUCAUUGAAAUGUACAAAGGUCACCAUGUGCCGUUGGAGCAGAUGAGUGACUUUUAUGGGAAGAGCUCAGAGGGAAACACACUGAAGCAAUUCAUGGACAUCUUCUCUCUCCCAGAAAUGACCCUGCUGUCCUGUGUCAAUGAGUAUUUUCUGAAAAACAACAUUGAUUAUGAACCUGUUCACCUCUAUAAAGAUGUUAAGGAUUCAAUCAGAGAUGUCCAUGUUAAAGGGCUGAUGUACAGAGCAGUUGAAGCAGAUAUUGAAAGAUACAUCUGUUAUGGAGAAAAAACACGGGCAGUGUUGGCAAAAUUAGCAAAUUCUGGAAAAAAGAUGUUUCUCAUUACAAAUAGCCCCAGCAGCUUUGUAAACAAAGGAAUGAACUUCAUUGUAGGAAAAGACUGGCGUGACCUUUUUGAUGUGGUUAUUGUUCAAGCUGACAAACCAAAUUUCUUCAAUGAUAAGCGAAGGCCAUUCCGCCAGGUCACUGAACGAGGAGUUUUACUAUGGGACAAAAUUCACAAGCUGGAAAAAGGCCAGACGUACAAGCAGGGUAAUUUAUUUGAAUUUCUGAAGCUAACUGGCUGGCGUGGGACAAAAGUUUUGUACUUUGGGGAUCAUAUUUACAGUGAUUUAGCGGAUCUUACUUUAAAGCAUGGGUGGCGGACAGGAGCGAUCAUUCCUGAACUGAAAACGGAGAUUAAAAUCAUGAACACAGCGGAGUACAUUGAAACUAUGGCUUGGCUUCAAGGUUUAACGGGAUUACUUGAACGCAUGCAGGUUUACAGGGAUGCAGAGUCACAGAUGGUCCUUCAAGACUGGAUCAAUGAAAGGAAACAUAUGAGGGACUUGGCAAGGAAAAUCUUUAACAAGCAGUUUGGGAGUAUAUUCAGGACUGAUCAUAAUGCAACCUAUUUCUUGAGGCGCCUGUCCCGUUUUGCAGAUCUUUACAUGGAAUCCUUAAGCUGCCUCCUGAACUAUAAUCUGCAUCACACGUUUUACCCUAAAAGGACACCACUACAGCAUGAAGUACCAAUAUGGUCUGAACAGCAAUACCCAGGCAUAUUUGGAAUCCCGUUCCUACAAGAAAUUGCUCAACUGAAGUGAUUCCAGUUUGUCGACUAGAAUGGAUGUAUUGUGGUUUUUAUUUUCAAUACUGGGUACAGUAUUUGUUUUAUCCCAUCCCAUUGAAUGAGUUGUGCUGGUUUUAUUUUCAGAAUCCGAUAGUUUGCUUUAUCUCAUCCAGGCAAGUGAAAGAAUAUGGAGGGUUUUUUAUUUUGUAUUACUUAUUGAGUACAUGAUUUUAUUCAUAAUGGCAUAUGUCAUAUUGGUUUCUAUGGUGAGUGUUUGAAUUGGCAGGUGGAAUUCCCUUCAAAAAUGUUUUUCAAUUGCAAGACUUAGAAAGCCUGUAUUGGAGUGUUUGAUGUUCUUGCAUUAACCAUUCUUAAUGUAAAAAACAUGCACUCACUCCCCAUAAUUUACACAACUCAUUGAAAAGUAACCGUUCAUGAUAAUUUUUUUUUAUGUAAAUCUUUCACAUAUUCUUGGUUUGCUAUAAUCUCUUAACCGAAUAGAGACAGGAUUGGUUUCCUGCUAUAAAUCCUUUAGCAUUUUUCUGUAUAUUUGAGAUGUUUUUGGACAGUAUUGUUUACAAUCUUUGGGGCUGGAUUAAUAAAAACCAGUGAC